AUGUCGACCAAAGAAAUUGGUCUACGGGUAAGUCACGCUCAUGACGACAUGUCUAGUGAUAUUAGCGGAAUGAGUGACAUCCGAUUUAUCGACCAAAGCUCUGCUCGUGGUGUAAUAAUGGCGGUGGUGUGGGAAGAGAAACGAAUCACUUACAUAAA